AUGCUCGCGUCUGUGGCCGUGGCUUCAUACCUCUUGGAUGCGUAUCCUUCUGCCCCUGCAGAAGUCUGUGGUCUCACCAACGUGUUCCGAGCUCUGAGUGGCUUUAGUGUCGGGUACUAUCAGCAGCCGUGGGGAGCCAAGGUUGGUUACGAUGUAAGCUUUGGGGCUCAAGCUUGCAUUGUAGCGGCAAGUAUGAUUCUGAUUGCGAUUGUUCGUCGCUUUGGCCAUCAGCUUCAUUCAAAGUUUGGCCAGGUCAGGUGA